AUGCUUGAAGGAGGGCGGCAGACCGUUAGUGACCGUAUUCAAAACUCGCCAAUUUUUAAGGCCAAAUUCAAAAAGUCUCAAAACAUGGACGAGGCCGAAAAUUUGAGCGAUCAGGAUCUUGAGGCGAUGGCGAACUUUCUCAGUGAGAAUUUGGAGGGCAAGAUUCGUUGCCAGGUUCGAAGUGAGGGUCCCAAGUGUGCAAACAUCUGCACCUACUCGAUCACUCUUCUCAUUGGAAUCGUGCUCGGUGCCGCUGGAAUUGUGAUUUAUUCAAUGUUCCAGAACUGUCUCCGUGAUACAUUUCAACCACCCCACACUGAACCUGAUCUCGCUCGUCAUGCUCGAUCUCUUCGAUACGAAUGGGAUGAAGAAGAUUACGACUAUUCGAGUUUCAUGUCUUCCUCCUCCUCUUCGACUGAUUCUUUCGAGCAAGAUGAGUUCGAGAAUCCAUAUGUGCAAGAUGGAGUGCAGGAGAGCGAUGGAAGCGGCCAGGAGAGCGAUGCAAGCGAUCAGGAGAGCGAUGGAAGCGGUCAAGAAAGUGGAUCGGAUGGAAGUGGUCAAGAAAGCGGUCAAAAAAGUGCUAAAGAAAGUGAUGGGGAAGAAAAUGAUGAUUGGCGCAAAAUAAUCAUUCAAUUUUAA